GUAGAUUUUAGAUUAGUAGUAGUGGAAACAAUCGCUUGAAAACAUGUUAAGCUUUGGAUAUUCAAAAAUCCUACUACCUCUAGUUUUAGUUAUCCUGUUAGGAAGUAGUAAUGUGAAAUCUCAAAGUAUAGUAAGUCUACUCUCAUCGAUUUUGGAAUCGCUAGAGUCCAUCGAAAAUAUCUUGGAACAGUACCAUCCUCAAACAAUUACACAUGUUUCGCCAAAUUGGCUAGAUAGGAGCUCUUUAAAUCAAAUUAUAAAAAUCACUGAAGCUAAAAACGGUUUUAAUGGAAAGGAUCUUAACUAUGGGAUUAAAUUAGAAAAUGGAAAAUAUAUGGUAGACAAAAGCAACAAAAAAAAAAUCCAAUCGAAGUUUUAAAAUGCAGCUUUUACCGUGGUUCGUCCGGAGCAACCAACAAGAUAGAAAUGCAAGGAAAAAUUAUCGACGUGGUACAAUCGUUAUUAACCAGAAUAUCCAAGAUGGCGACGAUGAACCAGUGUCUAGUCAUAUAGUUGUAGAGAACGCAGAUGACAUGAAAAAGGCAAAUGAUAUAAU